UGCUAUGAGAAUGAGAAGAACUUGGAGAGGGGAAAUCUGAGAAGGCAAAAUGCUAAUUUUAUCCCUCCGUUCCUGCCUGACGCACGGCAGGGUGCAAGCUCUACGUCUCAUCCACACUGGGGGAGGCAAGAGCAGCAACCAAUGGAAACACACCAUACAGAAAAGAUGGAAAAGUACUAUAAUUUCAGAUAUUGCUGCACCAUCCAGAGCCGCUGUGGGGUCUGUACCAAAUGCCGCUGCAAACCGAUCAAUAGGACGAUGGCUGCUUUUAUGUAGUGGCAUGGUGGGGGGCGCUGUGCUCCUGGGAGGAAUCACUAGGUUAACAGAGUCUGGACUGUCAAUGGUGGAUUGGCACCUCGUUAAAGAGAUGAAGCCACCGACAAAUGAUGAACAAUGGGAGGCGGAGUUUAAUAAAUACCAGCAGUUUCCCGAGUUUAAAAUAUUAAAUCAGGAGAUGACGCUGAAUGAGUUCAAGUACAUUUGGUUCAUGGAGUACUCUCAUCGUAUGUGGGGACGGGCAGUGGGUCUGGCAUACAUUCUUCCCGCCAUUUACUUUUGGAGGAAGGGAUGGUUCAAUCGUGCGUUGAAAGGACGAGUGCUCUUUCUUUGUGGCUUUGUCUGCUUCCAGGGUCUCCUGGGCUGGUAUAUGGUGAAGAGCGGAUUAGAAGAAAAACCAGAUUCCUAUGAUGUCCCUCGCGUCAGUCAGUACCGACUAGCUGCUCAUUUAGGCUCUGCCCUCCUUUUAUAUUGUGCAAGUCUCUGGACAGGACUGUCUCUGCUCUUCCCAAGACAUAAGUUGCCUGAGACACGUCAACUGAUGAAGUUGAGGAUGUUUACACACUCGACAGCAGGCCUUGUCUUCCUCACCGCGCUCUCAGGGGCCUUUGUCGCCGGCCUGGAUGCCGGCCUCGUUUACAACUCCUUUCCAAAGAUGGCGGACCGCUGGAUUCCAGAUGACCUCCUGGCCUUUUCCCCGGCCUUGAAAAACAUCUUUGAGAAUCCCACAACUGUACAGUUCAAUCAUCGCAUCCUUGGGACCACUGCUGUAGCCGCCAUUACUGGGUUGUAUUUUUAUUCCCGGAAGAUCCCACUUCCAAGGAGGGCCAGGCUGGCUGUGAACAGUCUCCUUGUUAUGGCCUAUUUACAGGUGACGCUGGGAAUAAGCACUUUACUUCUGUACGUCCCAACUUCACUGGCAGCCACCCACCAGUCCGGCUCUCUAGCCCUCCUCACUAUGGCAAUCUGGCUUAUGAAUGAACUGAGGCGUAUGCCAAAAUAACGGCUUCUAACCAAUCUGAUGUGUUGUGCCGGCGUGAGGGGAGGAGGGAUAUUUAAA